AUGAUUGACGAGAUCAUUUGCGUUCAGUGUGACUUGGCCCCUGUGCCCUGGGAGACCAGCACAGCAGCCCCAAAGAAGGUGGAAGCAAAGAAGCCAGGCCCCAGGCGAGCGCCGAAGAGACCUCAUCCCAGGGACAAUUGGACCCAAGACCUCGGCUGCUCCAGCCCCAAAAUCCAGCGACUGGAGCCUGAUGACAAGAAGCUGAGCCCUCAGAAGCUUACCCCAGCAAAGACGGUGGCAGAGAAGCCAGUCCCCAGGCGGGCUCGCAAGAGACGUCAUCAUGGGCAGGAGUCGGAUGAAGACCUCGGCUGCUCCAGGCCCAAAAUCCGGCGACUGGAGCAGGGGGACAAAGGUCUGAGCCCACAGAAGCCCUCUGGCUGA